AUGGUGCGUCUCGAUGCUGAUCACAUCAGUGCUAUAGAUAACGCUACUCGCGGACUAAUACAGCUCGGUCAACUCAGUGUCACUGCUGGACUUUAUUUUUCGUUGGGGCAUAGCACAAUCGUGGUGGUCGUAAUCGUGGCCAUUGCCAUAUCGACGGAUGUAUACGAUCGUAUUGGAGGCGUUUCCGAUGUUGGAGGUAUCAUUGGCGCGGCUGUCAGCGCAUCGUUUCUCUUCAUCGUCGCACUGGUCAAUAGUAUUAUUCUAGCACGCAUUUUGAAACAGCGGAAGCGGCGCCUGAACGGUGAGGACGUUGGCCCAGAGAAUAGCCACUCUUUAGCACUGCGAAUUCUGGGUCCAGUAACCAAGUUCGUGAAUAGGUCUUGGAAGAUGUAUCCAGUUGGAGUACUAUUUGGGUUGGGGUUCGAUACUGCAUCUUCAAUCGCGCUGCUUGCCGUCACUGCACUUGCUCAACGAGGUGCUGACGGCGCUGAAAUGCCUCGUAGUCAUAUUGUGAUAUUACCGCUUCUCUUUACAGCAGGCAUGACCCUCGUAGACUCUGCUGAUUCUGUGUUGAUGCUUUACUCCUACGCCGACUUUCCCGAGAAAGGGUUCGCGCUAUUCGAGAAUCAGGAGACUUCGGUUUCGGAGCAUUCCUCGAUAUCUUCCCAUUCUUCGACCGAGGCGCAACCUGGCCCUAGUACUGGCGUAGGAACAAGCACUUUACCACCCUCUCCUAAACAAAGCAUUACUUCUCAUCCGGUUCUCCCUGAUCUCGAACGCAAUAGUUCAGCCGAUCGCAGAUUACAAGAAGGCCUAGGAGAUGACGAAUACAAGAUUACUCUUACGGAGCAAAAGACACUGGACCAGGCCGCAAAGAACACAAUGUCAGGGCUGAGUAUUAUCCUCACCUUGCUCAGCAUCCUGGUAGCUUUCAGUAUCUCGCUGAUCACGAUCAUGGGUCUUAUUGGGGAGAAUUGUGAUUCGUGCCGCGAGGCAGCCGAAGAUCCCAACGGUGGAGGCCUUGCCGGUAGUUGGUGGCGUGGCUGGGCAAGGGCAAACGACAUGUCGGGUUUCAUCGGGGCGGCAGUGGUUGGAUGUUUUGUAGUUAUAGUUGCAGGGUGGUACGGAGGAAGAUGGUUCCUGCGAAGACAGGCAAAUCGACCUGCCAUACAGCUUUAA